AUGAAUAAUGAUCAAGAACAAAAAAGAAAUGAUUCCAUAACAAGUUCAAUAAUAAUUAAAAAUAAUGGAAAUUUUGAAAAGAUUUUGAUAAAAGAUAAUAAUAAAGAAGAUCAGAUUCCAGAAAACAACAAUUUAAUCAAACGAAGUUAUUCUCUCAAUGAGAAAUCCAUGGAAACACUAAGAUCAUGUAAACAUAAAGAUAAAUCAUAUUUUCUUCAUUAUCUUGAAAAACAAGAACAUGAGAAUAAUAAUUACUCAAGAUGCCAUUUAAUGGAAAUAUCUUUAAAAAAACAAGUCAAAGACUCUAAGGCAGUAUUGCCAAAAAUGGUCAAUAAAAAAAUGCUUUCUGAUAUGGUGUUCAAUAUGAGAAAGCUUUCAAAAAGUUUGGGUGAUACACGAAUUAUGCUUGAAAUAAGAAAUAUCCUUAUUAUUACUAAAACUCAUGACAAAUCUCUUAUUUUAUUAACUCGUAAAUUAGUAGUUUGGCUUUUAUCAUAUCAGUCCAAUUUUGAAAAAAAAUAUUCAGUUUAUGUUAAUUCUACCUUUAAAGAUUAUAAUGAUUUUGACUCAGAAGGCAUUAUAAAGUCAAAUAUAUCUUUUAAAAACUAUUUAAAAUAUUGGACUUUUGAACUAUGUAGAAAACAUGCAUCAUUAUUUGAUUUUAUAAUUACACUCGGUGGAGAUGGAACUGUAUUAUUUAGUAGUUGGUUAUUUCAAAGAAUAGUUCCUCCUGUUAUUUCUUUUUCUCUUGGUUCAUUAGGAUUUUUAACAAUGUUUGAUUUUUCGAUGUUUGAUAAUACAUUAGAUAAUAUAUUUAAUCAUGGUGUUAUUGUUAGUUUACGAAUGAGAUUUAAAUGCACAAUAAUGCGUGUUAAAGUUAAUAAUGGACAACUUGUUGACGAAAUAAAGAAUUUAGAUCAAUCUAUACUAGAAAAUAAAAAAAAUGGAAUGAGCGUAACUCAUGAACCUAAAGAAUCAUUUUUAAUAUUGAACGAUCUUGUUGUGGAUCGUGGCCCAAAUGCAUUUUUAAGUUCACUAGAACUUUACGGUGAUUAUAAACAUCUUACUUCUGUACAGGCAGAUGGAAUUUGUAUUUCUACACCUACAGGUUCUACUGCAUAUUCACUUUCCGCUGGAGGAUCUCUUUGUCAUCCUGAUAUACCAGCAAUACUUAUAAGCCCGAUAUGUCCACAUACAUUAUCAUUUAGACCUUUAUUAGUUCAUGAUUCUAUGAUUUUACAUGUUGCAGUUCCAUACAAUGCUAGAAGCACUGCGUGGGUUAGCUUUGACGGAAGAAAUAGAGUAGAAAUAAAGCAAGGAGAUUACGUAACCAUUUCAGCAUCAAGAUUUCCUUUUCCAAUUGUUCAUCGGUCAAAACAGAGUUCUGACUGGUUUACUGGUCUUGCUACUCGACUUGGAUGGAAUGAACGCUCUAUGAAACCUAAACCUUUGUCAAACUAA